GCCGGGGCGGGGCGUGGGUCCCCAGGCUUCCUGCAUCGGCCCUGCACGCCCCAACCCAGCUGGUCGCCACAUUUCUUCCUCACCACCGCGGCCCCUCGGCCUCAUGGACGCCCUGUGUGGCUCCAAGUUCUGGGACUCCAACCUGUCCGUGUACACGGACAACCCAGACCUCACUCCCUGCUUCCAGAACUCGCUGCUGGCCUGGGUGCCCUGCAUCUACCUGUGGGCUGCCCUGCCCUGCUACCUGCUCUACCUGAGGCACCACCACCAUGGCUACAUCGUCCUCUCCCACCUGUCCAGGCUCAAGACGGCCCUGGCCGUCCUGCUGUGGUGUGUCUCGUGGGCGGACCUCUUCUACUCCUUCCACAGCCUGGUCCACGGCAGAGCCCCUGCCCCCAUCUUCUUUGUCACCCCCUUGGUGGUGGGGAUCACCAUGGUGCUGGCCACCCUGCUGAUCCAGUACGAGCGACUACGCGGGGUGCAGUCCUCGGGGGUCCUCAUCAUCUUCUGGUUCCUGUGCAUGGUCUGCGCCAUUGUCCCCUUCCGCUCUAAGAUCCUUUCAGCCUUGGCAGAGGGGACCAUCUCAGACCCCUUCCGCUUCAGCACCUUCUACAUCUACUUUGCCCUGGUGCUGUCUGCUCUCAUCCUGUCCUGCUUCAGAGAGAAGCCGCCACUUUUCUCCCCGAAGAGUGAGGACCCUAACCCCUGCCCAGAGGCCAGUGCUGGCUUCCUGUCACGCCUGACUUUCUUUUGGUUCACAAGGCUGGCCAUCCUGGGCUACCGGCGUCCCCUGGAACAGCAGGACCUCUGGUCGCUGAACGAGGAGGACUGUUCCCGCCGAGUGGUGCAGCGGCUGCUGGAGGCGUGGCAGAAGCAGGAAAGACAAACAGCAAGACCCAAAGCUGCAGAAAUGCUUGGGAAGAAAGUCUCCACUGAGGAUGAGGCGCUGCUGGGGACCCGGCCCCGGGCCCGGAAGCCCUCCUUCCUGUGGGCCCUGGUGACCACCUUCAGCUCCAGCUUGCUCAUCAGCAACUGCUUCAAGCUGAUGGAGGACCUGCUCUCCUUCGUCAACCCGCAGCUGCUCAGCAUGCUGAUCCGGUUUAUUUCCAACCCCGAGGCCCCCUCCUGGUGGGGCUUUCUGCUGGCCGGACUGAUGUUUGUCAGUGCCAUCAUGCAGACCCUGGUCUUGCACCAGUAUUACCACUGCAUCUUCGUGUCCGCCCUGAGGAUCCGCACGGGGGUCAUUGGCGUCAUCUACAGGAAGGCGCUGCUCAUUGCCAAUUCCGUCAGACGUGAGUCCACGGUGGGAGAAAUGGUCAACCUCAUGUCGGUGGAUGCUCAGCGCUUCAUGGACGUCUUCCCCUUCCUCAGCCUGCUGUGGUCAACCCCGCUGCAGGUCAUCCUGGCCAUCUACUUCCUCUGGCAGAUCCUGGGUCCCUCUGUCCUGGCUGGUGUGGCGCUCCUGGUCUUGAUGAUCCCACUCAACAGCGCCGUGGCCAUGAAGAUGCGCACUUACCAGGUAGAGCAGAUGAAGCUGAAGGACUCGCGUACCAAACUGAUGACCGAGAUCUUGGGAGGCAUGAAAGUGCUGAAGCUGUACGCCUGGGAGCCCAGCUUCCUGGAGCAGGUGGAGGGCAUCAGGCAGGGUGAGCUCCAGCUGCUGCGCAAGGGCACCUACCUCAAAGCCAUCUCCACCUUCACCUGGGUCUGCACGCCUUUCCUGGUGAGCCUGAUCACCCUCGGGGUGUUCGUGUGUGUGGACCAGAACAAUGUGCUAGACGCUGAGAAGGCCUUUGUGUCCAUAUCCCUGUUCAAUAUCUUAAAGAUGCCCCUCAACAUGCUGCCCCAGUUAAUCAGUAACCUGACCCAGGCCAGUGUGUCUCUGAAACGGAUUCAGCACUUCCUGAGCCAAGACGAACUUGACCCCCAUUGUGUGGACAGAAAAAACAUCUCCCCAGGCUACGCUAUCACUAUUCACGGUGGCACCUUCACCUGGGCGCAGAACCUGCCCCCCACCCUGCACAGCCUCAAUAUCCAGAUCCGGAAAGGGGCUCUGGUGGCCGUGGUGGGGCCCGUGGGCUGUGGGAAGUCCUCGCUGGUGUCUGCGCUGCUGGGAGAGAUGGAGAAGCUGGAAGGCACGGUGUCUGUGAAAGGCUCUGUGGCCUACGUGCCCCAGCAGGCGUGGAUCCAGAACUGCACGCUUCAGGAAAACGUGCUGUUCGGCCGAGCCAUGAACCCUAAGCGCUACCAGCAGGCUCUGGAGGCCUGCGCCCUGCUCGCGGACCUGGAGGUGCUGCCUGGAGGAGACCAGACGGAGAUCGGAGAGAAGGGCAUUAACCUGUCUGGGGGCCAGCGGCAGCGGGUCAGUCUGGCCCGAGCUGUUUACAGUGACGCUGACAUAUUUUUACUGGAUGACCCACUGUCAGCUGUGGAUUCCCACGUGGCCAAACACAUCUUCGACCACGUGAUUGGGCCAGAGGGUGUGCUGGCAGGCAAGACUCGGGUGCUGGUGACACACGGCAUCAGCUUCCUGCCCCAGACGGACUUCAUCAUAGUGCUGGCCGACGGGCAGGUGUCUGAAAUGGGCCCCUACUCAGCCCUAAUGCAGCAUGACGGCUGCUUUGCCAACUUCCUCCGAAACUACACGUUCAGUGAGGGUCAGGAGGAGACGCUUGAGAACAGCAGGAUGGCCUCAGGAGAUGAGGAUGAGGAGGUGCUGCUGAUUGAGGACACGCUCAGCACCCACACAGAACUGACAGACACUGAGCCGGCCCUGUACGAGGUCCAGAAGCAGCUCAUGAGGCAGCUGAGCUCCAUGUCUUCAGACGGGGAAGGUCAGGCUCGGCCUGUGCCUCGGAGACACCAGAGUAUAUCAGAGAAGGCUGUGCAGGUGGCAAAGGCCAAGGAGACCGGGAUGCUCACCAAGGAGGAGGCGGCAGAGACCGGCACUGUGAAGCUGAGCGUGUUCUGGGAUUACGCGAAGGCUGUGGGCCUCUGCACCACACUGGCUAUCUGUCUCCUGUACGCUGGCCAAAGUGCAGCCGCCAUUGGGGCCAACGUGUGGCUUAGCGCCUGGGCCAACGAGGCCAAGAUGGAUAGGAAGCAGAACAAUACCUCCCUGAGGCUAGGCGUGUACGCUGCCCUGGGAAUUCUGCAAGGGGUCCUGGUGAUGCUCUCCGCUUUCACAAUGGCGGUGGGAGGCGUUCAGGCCGCGCGCCUGCUGCACAACACACUGCUGCAAAACAAGAUGCGAUCCCCGCAAUCCUUCUACGACACAACACCCUCGGGCCGCAUCCUCAACCGCUUCUCCAAGGACAUCUGGGUCAUCGAUGAGCUUCUGGCCCCGACCAUCCUCAUGCUGUUCAAUACCUUCUACAACUCCCUCUCCAUCCUGGUGAUCAUCGUGGCCAGCACACCACUCUUCAUCGUGGUCGUCCUGCCGCUAGCAGUGUUCUACGGUUUUGUGCAGCGUUUCUAUGUGGCCACAUCCCGGCAGCUCAAGCGGCUGGAGUCAGUCAGUCGCUCCCCCAUCUACUCCCACUUCUCAGAGACGGUGUCUGGCACCAGCGUCAUCCGGGCCUACGGCCGCAUGGAGGACUUUAGGGUCCUCAAUGACAUUAAGGUGGACACCAACCAGAGGAGCUGCUACCCCUUCAUCGCCUCCAACCGGUGGCUGGGCAUCAACGUGGAGUUUGUGGGGACCUGUGUGGUGCUCUUCGCUGCCCUGUUUGCGGUGAUGGGGAGGAACAGCCUGAAUCCGGGGCUCGUGGGCCUGUCUGUGUCCUAUGCCCUGCAGAUGACAGUGUCUCUGAACUGGAUGAUACGGAUGAUGUCAGAGUUGGAGUCUAAUAUUGUGGCUGUGGAGAGAGUCAAGGAGUAUUCGGAUACGGAGACCGAGGCCCCCUGGGUGGUGGAAGGCAGCCGCCCCCCGGAAGGCUGGCCCCUGCAUGGGGAGAUAGAGUUCCGGAACUACUCCGUGCGGUACCGGCCGGGCCUGGAGCUGGUGCUGAAGAACCUGAGUCUUCGUGUGCACGGCGGUGAGAAGGUGGGCAUCGUCGGCCGUACCGGAGCUGGUAAAUCGUCCAUGACCCUCUGCCUGUUCCGCAUCCUGGAGGCAGCGGAGGGUAACAUCUUCAUCGACGGCCUCAACGUGGCAGACAUUGGCCUCCACGACCUGCGUUCUCAGCUGACCAUCAUCCCCCAGGAGCCCAUCCUGUUCUCAGGAACCCUGCGCAUGAACCUGGACCCCUUCAGCCGCUACUCGGAGGAGGACAUCUGGAGGGCCCUGGAGCUGUCCCACCUGCAGGGCUUUGUGAGGUCCCAGCCCGAAGGCCUAGACUUCGAGUGCACUGAGGGCGGGGAGAAUCUCAGCGUGGGCCAGAGGCAGCUAGUAUGCCUGGCGCGAGCCCUGCUCCGCAAGAGCCGCGUCCUGGUUCUGGAUGAAGCCACGGCCGCCGUUGACCUGGAGACGGACGACCUCAUCCAGGCCACCAUCCGCACCCAGUUUGAGACCUGCACUGUGCUGACCAUCGCCCACCGGCUCAACACGAUCAUGGACUACACCAGGGUCCUCGUCCUGGACAAGGGCAUAGCAGCUGAAUUUGAUUCUCCAACCAAUCUCAUCGCAGCUAGAGGCAUCUUCUACGGGAUGGCCAGGGACGCGGGACUUGCCUAAAAUAUAUUCCCGGGAUUUCCGGGAAGGGAAGCGAUACCAUGUGUCCACAGAACAGAUUCGAUGGCAGGAGGAGGGAGGGGGUUUACGUGAGACGGUGUCUCUGGAAGGAGCCUCACAAAGGAAGCGAGGAAGAGAGGCCCAAGGGGAGGCUGAGACGUCCCCAGCCACAGCCCAGGAGCCCUGGUCUCCAGACUCCCAGUCUAACAUUAUUUCCACACUGCACUGUUUUUGAAUAAUCAUUCCAGGGGGUGACCUCUCUCCUACCUCUAAUUUUUCUUAUUUUCUAAAGUAUUUUUUAAUAAAGAUUUCCCUCCUGGAACAGAA